AUGCUGCCGCUGUGGCUGCUGCUGCUCUGGGGGAUGAAGGAGGUAGAGGGUGGGACUGAGGCCAUAAAGGGUUACAGCCUGGAUGUGGAAAAGACUGUGGUGGUGCAAGAGGGCCUGUGUAUCCAGGUACCCUGUAAGUUCACCUACCGCAAGGAGGAAUGGACUGACUCAGACCCAGUUCACGGAUACUGGUUUCUGGAGGGAGCCAAUAUAGAGCAGGAUCCCCCAGUGGCCACAAAUAACCCAGAGCGGUCAGCACUGUCUACGACCCUGGGCCGAUUCUCCCUGCUCGGAGAACCACGGAAGAAAAACUGCUCCCUGAAAAUCACAGAGACCAGGAAGGACGACGCGGGGUCAUACUUCUUUCGCCUGGAGAGAGGAAAAGCGAGGUUUAGUUAUAUUAAGAACAUGAUGACUCUGCAAGUGACAGACCUCACUAACACCCCCCACAUCCUUAUCCCGGAGACCCUGGAGGCUGGCCGUCCCAGCAACCUGACCUGCUCUGCGCCUUGGGCCUGUGGGUCCCCCACCUUCUCCUGGACUGGUACCUCUGUGUCACUCUUGAGCACCAACACCACUGGUUCCUCAGUGCUGACUGUCACCCCCCAGCCCCAGGACCAUGACACCAACCUCACUUGUCAGGUGACCCUGCCUGGAGCUGGUGUGACCACAAGAACGACCAUCCGUCUCAACGUGUCAUAUGCUCCAAAGAAUCUGACUGUGACCAUCUCUCAAGGAGCUGACUCAGAAUCCAUAACUCCAGAGAACGGCUCAUCUCUUCCCAUCUUUGAGGGCCAGUCUCUACGCCUCCUCUGUAGCACUGACAGCUAUCCCCCUGCAAACCUGAGCUGGACCUUGGAUAACCUGAGUCUGUGCCCCUCGAAGCUGUCCAAACCUGGGCUCCUGGAGCUGUUUUCCGUACAUCUUAAGCAUGAAGGAGUGUACACCUGCCAAGCUCAGCAUACCUUGGGCUCCCAGCACUUUUCCCUGAGCCUGUAUCUACAGCGCGGUACAACUUUAUCUGAAGUGACAAUGGGGGCCUUUGUGGGUGCCGGAGCCACAGUUCUCCUCUUCCUGCUUUGCAGCAUCUUCUUCCUGGUGUUGAGAUCCUGUAGGAGGAGACCAACCAGAUCAGCUGUGGGACCUUCAGAUCCAAACGCCCUCAAGGGCUCAGUUUCUCAGAGUCCUCUGGUUGAACCCCAGGCAGACAACAGCUCUGAACCCCUGCCUUCCGCAGCUGAGACAGCAUCCUCAGCCACAGAGGAAGACAUACAUUAUGCAUCCCUCAGCUUUCGUGAGAUGAAGCCCAAGAGCCCACAGGGGCAGCAGGACACCACCACUGAGUACUCAGAGAUAAAGUUCCACAAGUAA